AUGGUCCAGUCGAUGCUGCGCGACCACCCCGAGCAUGCCAAGGCCAUGAUGGGGCCGCUGUACGGCAUGAAGCUGCUCAGCCCCUCGCAGGUGGUUGACGUCGUGCUCGGAGUGAUCUCAGAUCACGAGGCCGCGCGGCGGCAGGACGGCGCAGCGAGCGCCGCGCGGCGGCGGGCCCUAGAGGAUGGUGCAGGCAGCGUGCGGCUGCUGCUGCAGAAUGGGAAGGUGGUGGACCCCUUUGCCCUUCGCCCAAAGCAGCAGCAGCAGCAGCAGCAGCAGCAGCAGCAGCAACAGCAGCAACAGCAGCAGCAGCAGCAGGACACAUCCUCAGCACCCCGCGCCCGCGCGGCCGCGGCCGCCCCCGCGGGCGCCGCCGCUGCGUCCCUGGCGCGCUUCUCUCCGCAGGCGCUGCGCGACUACGCAUCCGGGAAGCUGCCGGGCAGCUACCGGAAGCUGCAGGUCGUCGGGCUCAGCACCGACUUCCGCGCGGCGACGCGGAUUGUGGAGGUGGCCAUGCCGGCGGCGGCGGCCCUGCCGGCGGGCGCGGUGCUCGUGCGGCGGCUGUUUGCGGGGGUCAACGCCUCGGACAUCAACUACACAUCGGGCCGCUACGUGAGCAGCCUGAUCUGGGGUGAUCUGGGGUGA